GAGAGAGAACACAUGAGAGGGGAUAGGGUCAGAGGACGAAGCAGACCCCCUGCCGAGCAGGGAGCCCGAUGCGGGACUCGAUCCAGGGACUCCCGGAUCAUGACCUGAGCCGAAGGCAGUCGCUUAACCAACUGAGCCACCCAGGCGCCCCUGUAUUAGUUUUUUUGAAAGGAAAAUGCGGAUGUGUGGGACUGUAUUCAGUUUUAAUUUUUUAGAGGAGACAGAGCAUGUCCAGAGUAUGUCGUGUUUCUGAGAGGAGAAUGUUUAUCACGUUCUAUUUUUAAGAAAGGAGUGUGUGUACGUUGAGUUGUAUUUCUGAGAGGGGAGCGUGUGUAUGAGCGGGUGUGUUUCUGAGAAAGUAUGUAUAUAUUGCACUGUAUUUGAAAGAAGAAAGCAUGUUUUUGAUUUCUGAGAGGAGAAUGCGUGUGUCGCGUUGUGUAAGAAGGGAGGGUGUGCGUGUGCUGGGGUCUAUUUCUGGGAGCGGACUGUGUGUGUGUGUGUAUGGUGUGUGUAUAAGGGCUCCAGAGGCACCACGAGCUGUCAUCGACUUUGUCACCCACAGACAACCACAUUGUUGGGACCCCCACCCAUUAGCAUCGAGGCCUCAGACUCCGAGUUGUUGCAUGGCUAGUGUGACAUCCCUGGGCUGUGGCUGCCACACGUGUGUCCCAACAUGCCUCGGGCUGGCUGAGCCUGUCUGCAGUGGACGGUGGAGCCCCUGUUCCCUUGGGUCUGUCAGCUCCUCAGAUCCUGGGAGCUGACACAUGAGCCCCCCCGCCAUCCUGAUUCCCCCAAACCUAGAGGGCUCCUCUGCUUCCGGCGCCCCAGCCCCUUGGCCCUGUCCUCCCGCCCCACCCCACCCCCAGUGGUCUGACUGGUUCCCAACAAAACACCCUAAGAAUGAGCUCACGGAGAGGCCGCCGCCUCCACACGCCCCGCCCCAAGCGCCCGGCAGAGGCGGGGGCGUCCAGUCCAGGUCACACGGCCGGGAGGUGUUCUGGGCCCGGGGAUCUGGGGCCCUUGGGGUGGACGGGGCUGGCCAGGUGAGCUGAGGGCAGGUGAGAGACCACGAGACCACUGUUUGCCCUCUUUGGGUUAGUCAUACGUGGGGUUUUGGACUUGCCCUCGGGGCAGGGCCCGGGGCUGAGGACAGAGCUAGACUAGGAUGUUUCCAGUUGCCGGCUGGCUGGGACGGGUGUGGGACAGGGAGCCAGCCGGAGUGAGGAGGGCACGGGGACAGAGGGCCGGCCGGAUGGCUGGACAGGGAGACAGUCGGGAAGGGUCCUCCUGGGCCCGAAUGGCAUACAGGCUGACGAUUCCCCAACCCGCCCCAGGAGCAGCAAUGUCGGUGCAGGUGGCAGCCCCUGGAAGCGUGGGGCUGGGCCCAGAGCGCCUGAGCCCCGAGGAGCUGGUGCGGCAGACCCGACACGUGGUGCAGGGGUUGGAGGCCCUGCGGGCCGAGCACCAUGGCCUGGCCAGGCACCUGGCUGAGGCCCUGGCGGGACAGGGCCUGGUGGCCGGCUUGGAGCUGCUGGAAGAAAAGCAGCAGGUGGUGAGCCACGCGCUGGAGGCCAUCGAGCUGGGACUGGGUGAGGCCCAGGUGCUGCUCGCCCUGUCGGCGCACGUGGGCUCGCUGGAGGCCGAGAAGCAGCGGCUGCGAGCGCAGGCCCGGCGGCUGGCCCAGGAAAACUCAUGGCUGCGGGAGGAGCUGGAGGAGACGCAGCGGCGGCUCCGGGCCAGUGAGGCGGCCGUGGCCCAACUGGAGGAGGAGAAGAGCCACCUGGAGUUCCUGGGGCAGCUGCGGCAGUAUGACCCGCCCGCGGAGAGCCAGCGGCCUGAAUCCCCCCCUCGCCGAGACAGCCUGGCCUCCCUGUUCCCGAGUGAGGAGGAAGAAAGGAAAGGCCCCGAGGCAGUGGGGGCUGCCGCGGCUCAGCAGGGGGGCUACGAGAUCCCCGCCCGCCUUCGGACCCUGCACAACCUCGUGAUCCAGUACGCGGGCCAGGGCCGCUACGAGGUUGCCGUACCGCUGUGCCGCCAGGCCCUGGAGGACCUGGAGCGGAGCUCAGGUCACUGCCACCCCGAUGUGGCCACCAUGCUCAACAUCCUGGCGCUGGUAUACCGGGACCAGAACAAGUACAAGGAGGCCACAGACCUUCUCCACGAUGCCCUGCAGAUCCGGGAGCAGACGCUAGGCCCUGAGCACCCUGCAGUGGCCGCCACCCUCAACAACCUGGCGGUGCUCUAUGGGAAGCGGGGGCGGUACCGGGAGGCGGAGCCCCUGUGCCAGCGAGCCCUGGAGAUCCGGGAGAAGGUCCUGGGCAGCGACCACCCGGACGUGGCCAAGCAGCUCAACAACCUGGCCUUGCUCUGCCAGAACCAGGGAAAGUUCGAGGAGGUGGAGCAGCACUAUGCCCGAGCCCUGAGCAUUUAUGAGGCCCUGGGAGGGCCCAACGACCCAAAUGUGGCCAAGACCAAGAACAACCUGGCCUCAGCCUACCUGAAACAGAACAAGUACCAGCAAGCAGAAGAGCUGUACCGAGAGAUCCUGAGCCGCGAGGACCUGCCUGCCCCUCUGGGAGCCCCCAACACAGGCACAGCUGGUGACACAGAACAGACCCUUCGUCGGAGCAGCUCCUUCUCCAAGAUCCGGGAGUCGCUAAGGCGUGGAAGUGAGAAGCUGGUCUCCCGUCUCCGAGGCGAGGGGGUGGCAGGGGCAGCCGGGAUGAAGAGAGCCCUGUCGCUCAACAUGCUAGACGUGGAUGUUCCAAAGGCUGCUGGGCUCCAGUUCCCCAGUCAGCACCCAGGCGAGGUCUCGCGGACCCUCAGCACCAACACCCAGGACCUGGGCCCCCGCUGA